AUGUCGACCGAUCUUGCGAAGCAGCCUGAGGAGGGCGAUCACGAGGUUCAGGAUGUUCAGCCUACGAAACCCAUGUCGCGGUUCACCCGUUGGUACCGCAGCCCGUUAUUCAACGUCAUCCUCGUUGGUCUGAUCUCGUUCACUCAGCCCGGUAUCUGGAACGCUCUAAAUAGUACUGGCGCUGGAGGUCAACAAGAGCCAUACCUGGUCAACGGCUCCAAUGCGCUCACAUUCGGCAUUAUGGUGUUUGGCUGCUCUAUCUUUGCCAUCCUAGCCAACAAGAUUGGCCUCAAGAAUGUUCUUAUCAUCGGUACUCUUGGCUAUGCGCCUUACUCGGCAUCGAUGUAUGUCAACAACCGUUACGGCGUUGAGUGGUUUGUCUUGUUUGGAGGUGCAACCUGUGGAGUGGGCGCCUCGGCUCUUUGGGCCGCAGAAGGUGCAAUGGCCCUUGGAUACGCCGAUAUCAAGGAUCGAGGAAAAUUCACCGGUAUCUGGCUUGGUCUCCGUGAGCUUGGGCAGCUCAUCGGCGCGUCGAUCCAACUCUCACUGAACUCCAAGAACGGCCAGCGGGGAAAGGUCGGAUACUCCACCUACCUUGUCCUGAUUGCGCUCCAGUGUCUUGGACUUCCCCUCGCCUUGCUCGUAUCGCCCCCCGAAAAGGUUAUCCAUCGCGAUGGAAGAAGGGUGGCUGACCCUGCUCAGAAGAAGGCAGUCAUGGGAGAGUUCCGCAAGUGGUGGGGUUUGAUGAAAAAGAAGGAAUUCUUCCUUCUCAUCCCUAUUCUCAUCGGUUUCAACUGGAACAGCACCUACCAGGGCAUAUACCUCACCAAGUAUUUCUCCGUUCGCGCCAGAACCCUCGGUGCUCUGACUUCUGGCAUCGCUGCAUCGGCUGCAAACAUGUUCUGGGGAUGGUUCUACGACCUCAAGUGCUUCAGCCGUCCUCAGCUUGCCAAGAUCACCUGGGCAAUUUUCUCAGUCAUCAUGCUGGCGCUCUUUGCCUGGCAAACGGCCAAUGAGAAGUUGUACGAGGAUACCGUGCCAAAGGUGACCCUGGACUGGGCUUCGCCUGGCUUCGGACGGGGUUUUGCUGUCAACGUCCUCUUCCGCUUCAUGAACGAGUCUCAUUAUAUGUUUGUCUACUGGAUCAUGGGCACCUUCUUUGAUGACAUUGAGACGUUGACUCUGGGCGUUGGUCUCGUCAGGUCAUUCGAGUCCAUUGGUUCGUGUUUGGCAUUUGGAAUUGGCGCCGUCAAGGUUUCUCCCAUGGUCAACUUGGUUGUUGCCUUCGUCAUGUUCGUCAUCUGCGUUCCAACGACCUCCUGGGCUGUCUUACUGGUUCCUGAGCGCCCCGUGAACCACAGAAAGAUCGACUAUGACAACUCGUCCGUCGAUUCGCCCGGUAAAACUGUCGACCCCGUGGUCGUGUCUACUGCGGCAGCCGCCGCGGACGGGCCUCGCAAUGUGUAG